AAUCCAAUCAGUCCGGAGAUUUUGAAAGCUGUUGCAAGUCGAGUAACUGCGAAUGAUAGAAAAGAUAUUUUAUUACUUGAUACAACACCAUUGGAAGAUUCGGGUCCGUUUGAAGUUCCUCUUCCGCGUGAAGUUCAUCCUCCUGACAACUAUGUACCAGCAUG